CAAGCGAGGAAGAUGCUAGACAGAAAUGGCGGUGACGGCAAGGGAAGCAGCAUGAUGUGCUGAUGCAUUAUACGGGACCUAAAAACACGACUGUCAGGACAUUGUUGGGAAAAUGACAACGAUGUCGAAGUAGGACGUGUUUUGUAAUUGUUAUUACAAACCUACAACACCUUCCCGGGAGAGUUUUCAUCUUGUCAGUGGAGGAGAGAAAAUCUCACCGGGAGCAUGGCUUCGUACAGCAACCAGUACAUCUUUGGGGAAUUCAGCCCUGAUGAGAUCAAUCAGUUUUUUGUGACUCCACGAUGUUAUGUUGAGCUUCCUCCAUUCAAUGACAAAGUCUCCUGCAUCAGUCAGUCUUCUGGAAGUUACUGCACUCCUGCUGUACCUUACAUUAUGGAGUCUGUGGGACUGCAGGUUUGCGCAGAAGACUAUCAGCGCAUUGAGUUUGGUGUGGACGAGGUGAUGGAUUCCGAGCCUGUUGGGGUGAAGGAUCCCCUAUACAAGGUGUCCAGCACCCUCAACCCCCAGGCUCCAGAAUUCAUUCUAGGCUGUCAGACCCAGAAGGCCCAGCAGACAGCUCCUCCAGCAGCUGAUGUCCCUGAUGGAUCCCAUUUCAACUCGCUGGAUUGCCCUGACUCGGAGGCCUCAGCCGCGGACAAUCACCAGGCUUGCCAGGACAUGGACGGAGUCCCCGGCAGCCUGGGACAACGGGAGAGGAAGAAAAAGAAAAAGCGACCGCCAGGAUAUUACAACUACCUGGAAGGGUCAGCUGGCAGCAACAAUAGCAGCAGCGGAGCGGUCGCAGAUGGGACGCCUGUGACGGCACUGGUGAAUGGACAUGCACUCAAUACCCCCCACCACAGUGCUGAGGAUGUAGUUGGUAAGGCUUUGUCAGGGGCUGAACUUUCCACCCCCAGUCCUGUCUCCAUGGCAACAUCAACGGCUGCAGUGGCAGCAGCUAAAUUUGCCCCCUCAUCCACUGUCAAUCAGAGGACUUGUGUUAGCCCUGAUGACUCUUCUUUGGACUUAACAAGUGGAGCUGCCUCUUUAUCAGAUGGUAACAAUGCAACUUCCUCCUCUUCAUCCUCCUCUCAAAGCAGUGGGAUGACAGAGGGACCCAGGACUGCAGAUCAGCAGCCAGAUCAUUUGGCUCCACAGAGCCCUGAACUUUUGGAUAGCGGAGCACACAGCCCCUGCUCCAAAUCCCCUCUUCCUCCUUCGGCUGCUGUGGCCAGCCCCCCUGCCACCACUGCUACUGCUACUACUGAACUGGAGGAGAGGGAGGAUGGAGACAGAGUGGUGGCCAAUGGGCUAGCAGAGCCUGAUGCUGCUGUCAGUGCAGAGGGACACAAAGAAGACUGUGAGACUGGUGAACAGGCUCAGCAGAUCUCACCAGACUCUGCUGCCCAGCCGGCGGUGACAGAGCAGGUUCACUCGCCUGCACUUCCCGCUGCACCUACUGCCAACCUCCCCAAAUCGUGGGCUAGCCUCUUCCACAACUCCAAGCCUCUGCCUGGGGGCCCUCAGGCCUUUGUGGAGGUGAAAAAUGUUGUGGAAGUUGUGGCUCCCACCCCUGCAUUGCCAGAGCAGCCUGAGAAAAGUGGGGAGGUCAAAGAAAGUCCUGUCCAUGUUUCAGAGGAUCCUAUGGCCCCUAAACUUGCAGAACUUAUUGAGAAUGUGAAGUUGAUACAUAAACCAGUGUCUUUGCAACCAAGAGGACUGAUCAACAAGGGAAACUGGUGCUAUAUCAACGCUACCUUGCAGGCCCUGAUUGCAUGCCCCCCCAUGUAUCACCUGAUGAAGUCCAUUCCUCUGCAUAACGAAACGCAGAGACCAUGUACCUCCACACCCAUGAUAGACAACUUUGUACGGCUCGUGAAUGAGUUCAAUAACAUGCCUGUGCCAUCAAAAGCCAAACAGCAAGCUGCUGGUGAUAAGAUCAUGAAAGACAUUCGGCCUGGUGUACCUUUUGAACCGACUUACAUUUAUAGACUCCUCACUCUAAUCAAAUCAAGUCUCUCUGAGAAGGGUCGACAAGAGGAUGCGGAGGAGUACCUUGGCUUUACGCUCAACGGAUUGCAUGAGGAGAUGCUGGCUUUGAAAAAACUAAUUUCGCCUCAGGAAGAGAAAGCUCCCACACCCAAUGGCCCAGAGGCCCAGCCUGGUGUAGAGGAAGAUGCUGCUGAUAAAGAGGAAGAAGGUAGUGAGGAUGAGUGGGAGCAAGUUGGUCCCCGAAACAAGACCUCCAUUACUCGCCAAGCUGACUUUGUCCGCACACCUAUCACUGAUAUAUUUGGUGGGCACAUCAGAUCGGUUGUGUACCAACAAAACUCAAAGGAGUCGGCCACCUUACAGCCCUUCUUUACCCUGCAGCUGGACAUCCAGUCUGAGAAGAUCCGCACUGUCCAGGAGGCUCUGGAAACCUUGGUGGCACGGGAGUCGGUCCAGGGCUACACUUCUAAAACGAAGCAGGAGAUCGAGAUCAGUCGGAGGGUGACUCUGGAAGAGCUGCCUCCUGUGCUGGUGCUCCAUCUCAAGAGGUUUGUUUUUGAAAAGACUGGAGGCUGCCAGAAACUGGUCAAGAACAUUGAUUACCCUGUUGACCUGGAAAUCAGCAAAGAUCUCCUGUCCUCUGGAGUGCGGAGCAAAGUUGUGAAAGGCCAAAGAACUUAUCGGCUCUUUGCAGUUGUCUAUCACCACGGGAACAGUGCGACAGGCGGUCAUUACACCACGGAUGUCUUCCACAUCGGUCUGAACGGCUGGCUGCGCAUCGACGACCAGACAGUGAGGGUCAUCAACCAGUACCACGUGGUCAAGCAGACUGCGGAGCGCACUGCCUACCUGCUCUACUACCGCCGCGUCGACCUGCUGUAGACCCCCCUCACACAAACCGAUGUAUACACAAGCAUACAUGAAUAUGUUCACAUUUAUACACAGACACAAAAACAUACAUGCUCAAAAAGCACUCAUUGACAGUACAGGCACAGACAUGCAUUUUACACAUGACACAGACACAGAAACACACACACACACACACACACACACACACACACACACCAAACUAAUGAACAGGAACACUGCCCAACUUCUUCUCUUGCAAGAUUUCCUCUCCCUGCCCUUUGUCCCCGCUUUCCAGAGAACCAGCUUUUCCAACACCUUUUUCCCUGUAUCUUUUUGGAAGAAGAGAAACAAGCUGUGUUCACAAAGAAUUCCCUGUGACUGCUUUCUCCUCUCUGUGCACCACUGCUGUUUUUUUUUUCCUUUGUUUUUUUUUUUUUUUUCUUUUUUCUUUUUUUGUUUUGUUUUUAAUGCUGCAAGGAAGGACUGUUGAAUUGACGGGUGGGGGUGGGGUUACAGGUCGGGACCUGAGACUCACCUCUGACUGAGCCCACAGCUUGGCUCAGAUAGGGAACAGUGGAUUUACACACAGGAAGAACUAUCUACCACUUCAGGCUGCAGAUGGACUGUUGGACUGCUGGGGUAAUUUCUCUCGUUUUGAUUACCUUUUUUUAAGGAAACGGCAUAGAAAUAUCAGUGUUUUGCCUUUCAGUAAAGAGAACUGUUGGCCGAAUGAAUUUGCAGCCGUGAAAAAGCCUGUUUGAAUUUGCCCUAGUGCAUUGAAAAGGCCCAGCACCAGCAAACUACACAGCAUUAUCAUGAGUCUCUACUCCCAAGGCAAAAUUCUCCUCUCCGCCGCCACCUCCUCCUCCAUCUCCUCACUUUUGUGAUGCUUUUAAAUCUAGGUGAUACUUGAGCCAUCGAAAAGCGGAAGAAAGACGGGAGGUGCUACAUUGUAUUGGGUCAUAGCAGCUUCCUUGUUUGAGAGAACCUCGUACGGUAUCUGGGUUUAGAAUUAGAACGACUAUCUAAAAAUAUUAAUGCGCUUUAGAAUUUAAGUGAUAACAACAAAAAAAAAGCUUCUGUGCACAAAGUAUAACUGAUUGAUGAUUAAAAGCAAAUGCAUAUUUUUGCAAAUAUUUAGACUAAAAUGUUAAAAAAAAAUAAAAAUAAAAAUAAAGAAAUAAAUCUAGGUGACUUGACAAGUUGUUUGGGUCCCAGAAGGCUGUGCUAGUUUUCAAACUUUGAGUUCUUGCACUGGAGAGAUGGCAACCAGUUAAGAUGGAUUCCAUUGCAAAACCCUGCCCUUAGUUACUUUGUACGUUUCCUUCUCUCCCCAUUUUUUCAUUUGUCCUUUUUUCUGUACUGGUCUAAAGGUUCCACCUGUGUAUAGGUGGCUUAUCAAUGUAGUUUUGAGCCACAUCACCCCUUUACCCCCAACUCAGCAGAAAGCGGGGGCUGCCUUAGGUUCAAUAUGUGAUGUUUCUCCACUCAGUGUACGAGUCUAACCCUGAUCGGGCGGCAACUGUAAGUCUAAUGUCUGUAAAGUGUUAGGGGAAUGUACCUGACCUCUGUAUUUACUCUUUUGUGGCACAGCAGUUCCUCCCAGACGAGGUGAACUGCCUGUUGAGGGGAAGUGGGACUACACCUGUGCUAAGCUCUAAAUAAGGCCCCCAAAAUGCGCACAAAAGAAAGUUGUUUGCUUUUGUUCAAGACUUUGAUUUUGCAUCAUUCAUUGAUUGUGAUGAUUUUUGUUUGAGUUACUAAAAGAUGUUUUUCUGGGUUUUUUGUUUUGUUUUGUUUUUGUUUUUUGGUCAUUGAUUAUUUGUUGGAUGUCCCCAUGCUCUCUUCCUUCAGAAAUAUACUUGCAUUUGAAUUGGUGUUUGAAAGAAAUUACCCAGGCUAAAGCACAACAAUGAAUAAAAUUGAACAAGUUCUUUGCUUGAUAUUUAUUUCCUUUUUUUUGACAUUUUCUCGUUUCAUAAUUGUUUGAUUCUUGCUUAAGAGCCAUUUCAUUCCAACCAGUGUCUGAAUCCAUCAGUAUUAACACAGAAAGUAAUCAGUUCAAGAGUAGGUUAUCCAGAUUUAAGCUUGUAUGCUUGGUCUGUUUAUGGACCGUUUUCCAAAGAAAAUCAUUCUCCGCUGUCUCAAACUGUUGUUCUUUCUGAACAUGUUCCCCCUCUUACACAUACUUGGCCAAUUAAAACGAGGUACACAGUAGCUGGGAACAGGUCCCACUUGAAGAUGGUAGAUUGUGAUGUAUUUUUUUCCCAUAUUUCAAUAGAAGCACAUUCAUUUAAGAUGAUGGUGAAAUAAUGUAACCAUUUCCUUCACUUGAUGACAUUCAAUGACAGAUAUAGUUCACUCCCAUCUGUUAAAACCUAAAAUUAGUUAAGUAAUUUAAUUCAGUACUAGUGGUUUCUUAAAUUUCUAAUUUGAAAGGAGUUAUUUUUUAUCUCCCAUAUGACAUGAUUUUUUUUUUUUUAAAGAUAUAUAUAAACUUGGUACAGAUUUAGUUUUGUCAACAUAGUUUAUUUCUUGUGGGUUUGUAAAGUUAUAGACCUUUCCCAGGUAAACCAAAGGACAACAUACUGGCCUUGCUGCCUCUCCUGCAAUUAAUAUUCAAACAUUUAUUUUGCCCUCUCCUUCCAAGGUUUUGUUGCCAUGCCUCAUCACACAACUAAAUGGCUCAUCCGAUACAGGAAUCUGUUUAGAUGAUUGAUACUCCUUACGACUUAAAUGUUAGUUCAAUUGUGCUACUGGCUUUGUAGUCAUUUCUACACUCAUUGUGACAUUGUUGGUUUGCAUAUUUUUUUUUUUUUCCUUUUGCCGAAUGUUUGGAAGUUGGGACUUUUGAAACGGACACGUUAAGCAGUCUGGCUUUCUGUUGUACACAUUUUUAUCUCAGUCUUUUCUUAUGACUGGUCAGGAAAUGUGCCAGUGAAAUGCUUCAAUAAUAACUUUCUUUUCAGUAUGUGCUCCUAACACUAUUGUCUGCUGGGACUUGUUGGGAUAUUGACCUUAAAACAAUCUAUACUGUCUUUUAAUUUUAAGCCUCCAGCGUUCUAUUUUGUUUAUUGUUCAAAUAAAGGAUUGUGCAAAAAGCA